UGAAUAUUAAUUCUCAUGAAUUAUUAUUAUUAUUACUAUUUUUUGUUUAAGAUUAUAGUUUGGAAUGUUAGCAAGGGUGAAGUAGCAUUAACCAUCAACUGCCAUUCUGAUUCUAUUCAUAGUAUGUCAUUUAAUAGAGAUGGUACAUUGUUAGCCACAACAUGCAAAGAUAAAAAACUGAGAAUUAUUGAUCCAAGAAAAGGAGAAAUUAUAGAGGAGGGAAUCUGUCAUCAGGGAUCGAAAGCAUCUAAAGUGGUGUUUCUUGGUGAUACCGGAAAACUUUUUACAACUGGAUUUUCUCGUUAUAAUGAUCGACAGUGGGCAGUUUGGUCCCAACAUGAUUUGAACAAACCUUUGAGGAUUGAAACAAUUGAUUCUUCUUCUGGAGUUCUGUUUCCAUAUUAUGACCAUGAUACGAAAGUAGUAUAUGUAGCAGGAAAGGGUGAUGGCAAUAUUCGCUAUUAUGAAAUGGUUAAUGAUGCACCAUGGUGUCAUUAUUUAAAUCAAUUUUUAACUGGUUUUCCUCAAAGAGGAUUAGGAUUUAUGCCAAAACGUGGACUUGAUGUAAUGCACUGUGAAAUAUUUAGAUUUUACAAACUACAUGCCACAAAAGGUGCCUGUGAACCAAUAUCUAUGAUUGUUCCAAGAAAGUCUGAACAAUUUCAAGAUGAUCUUUAUCCUGACACUAAUGCUCCUACUCCUGCAUUGACUGCUGAAGAAUGGUUAAAUGGAAAGAAUCGCAAUCCCAUUUUAAUUUCUAUGAAGACUGGUGCUGGUGCUCGCACUCACAAACCUGUUAUAUAUAAAGCCGAUCAACAUCGACUCUUGACUUCAGACAGAAACAAUGAGAAAAAAUUUUUAUUUAUUUCUCAGGAGAAUAAUGUUGAUUAUAGACAAUAUAUUUCUUUAAAAAAUAAAAAUGCUUUAAAUGUAGAAAAUUCAAUAGAUAAUGUAAGUCAACAUCAUUUUGUGCCAAUUAAUAAGAGCAGAUUGCCAUGGUUACAAGAUUCUGCAGAUGAAUGUUCCGAAAAUGGUGUAACUGUAUGUGAUAUUGUUUCCAGUCAUACAUUGCCAGUUGCUACUUAUGUCACUAUACAAGAUACAGAUAGUGCAAGUGAUCCAGAAAUGGAACCAGAUGGACCAAAGACAGAAUUAGAAUUACGAAAGGCUUAUAAACGUCAGAAUACAGAAAUUAAAUCUCUUAAGGAAACAAUAAAAACAAAAGACAAAAGAAUCAGUGAAUUGGAAGAACAGUUGGAAAGGUUAAUAACAAAAUAUGGACAGUUAUAAAAUACAUCACAACUCUGAUGCUCACUUUUUGGUUUUGGCCAGUAAUUGUUUAUAUGAUGCAAAUGCAUAGCUUUUCUUUUAUUAUAUGUAAAUAGUUAGAAGUCCAAAAUUUAUGGUCUUCUCGAAUCUGUGAUCUAAUAUUCUUAUCACUUAUUCAUUUACACAACAAAAUUUCAUAACUAAGAAAAAUUUCUCAUUAUCUAAAUUCUGACUCUGUUAAUAUUUGCAAUUCCAUUUUUUUAAUUGAAACUGUUUUAUUAAAAUAUGUUUAGAUUUUUGAACAGUUGUUUAUUAGUUCAUAAAUAUAAUUAACCAUUCAAUUUAUUUUUUUUAUGAACCUAAGAUGACUGUUCAAAAAUUCUGAAAAU